AGUGCGGUAUGCUGAUGCAUGUCUGUGUGUUUAAAGAAUGAAUGUCACAAACGGCAACAAGACGACAAGCUGCCAGGAUGAAACGGUCUGCACUUUGCAAAUUUACCCCAGGUUGUCCGUCAAACCUGGGCAAAGCUGCAUCCUCAGGGUCCCAAAAGAGGCAACGGCAGCCACUGUCAUCAAGACCGCUCUUGCCACACUUGGCUUGGACACGUCCAAGACUUACGUCCUCGUGGAGGUCCAGGAGUACGGCGGAGAGGAGUGGGUCCUUCAUGCCAGCGAUCAGCCUGUUCAAAGAGUCCUUCUCUGGCCUAGAAAGGCCCAAGACAAGCACCCUCAAAGUGAUGGAUACUUUUUCGCCCUUCAAGAGGGAAGCUACGAUGGAUCCAUCCAGUAUGACGUUAUGACAUCUGUCCGGCAAGAGAAAGUAGCUCAGGGACUUGCGAAUCGAGGUUUUGUCACGCAACAGCCUCAGGAAUACGAUGAUUUAUGUAACCUCCCCGAGUUGACGGAGGAGAGCAUCUUGGGAACCCUGCGGCAUCGCUUCCACAAGCAGAAGAUCUACACGUUUGCAAGCAACAUUCUUAUUGCGGUCAACCCCUUCAAGUUUCUCCCCAUCUACAAUCCCAGAUAUGUCAAGAUGUAUGAGAACCACACGCUGGGGAAGCUAGAACCUCACGUCUUUGCCAUUGCGGAUGCUGCCUUCCACACAAUGCUGAACAAACAGGUCAACCAGUGCAUCGUCAUCUCCGGUGAGAGUGGUUCUGGUAAGACGCAAAGCACCAACUUCCUUAUCCACUGCCUGACUGCCCUCAGCCAGAAGGGCUAUACUAGUGGAGUGGAGCGAACCAUCCUGGGGGCAGGCCCUGUGCUUGAGGCCUUUGGAAAUGCUAAAACAGCACACAACAACAACUCGAGCCGCUUUGGGAAGUUCAUUCAAGUGAAUUAUCUGGAGAGCGGCGUUGUGAGAGGGGCUGUUGUUGAGAAAUAUUUACUAGAGAAAUGCCGCCUAGUGUCCAGAGGCAAAACUGAAAGGAAUUACCAUGUUUUUUACUACCUUUUGAUUGGAGCCUCAGAAGAGGAGAAAGAUGAGUUCAAGCUCCUGCAUCCUGAACAAUACCACUACCUCAAAGAAGAAAUCCCAAUUGCGGAGGAUCAAGCAGAAAUGAAACAUGAAUUCAGGAGACUUGAUCAGGCCAUGGAGAUGGUUGGCUUUCUGCCAUCGACCAAAAAGCAGAUAUUCUCUGUACUCUCUGCCAUUCUGUACCUGGGAAAUGUGACGUAUCAGCCAAAAGAUGUUGGCGAGGGGCUUAAAGUUGGGCCUGAUCGUGUCCUUUAUGCAAUCUCUGACCUGCUCAAGGUUAAAGUGGAGCUGCUUGUGGAAGCACUGACUACAAGGAAAGCAAUGACUGCUAAUGACACGCUGAUCCUGCCUUAUAGUCUCAAUGAGGCCAUCACUGCCAGAGACUCUAUGGCCAAGUCUCUGUACAGUGCCCUGUUUGACUGGAUUGUCCUGCGAAUCAACCAUGCUCUACUAAACAAGAGAGAUUUGGAGGAGUCUGUCCCGCGCUUAUCCAUUGGAGUUCUGGACAUUUUUGGGUUUGAAGAUUUCAAGAUGAACAGCUUCGAACAGUUCUGCAUUAAUUAUGCCAAUGAACAACUACAGUAUUACUGCAAUCAGCGCAUAUUUACGCUUGAACAAGAGGAGUACAGGGCAGAAGGAAUCACAUGGCACAAUAUUGACUACCCCGACAACAUUGGCUGCAUCAGUCUCUUCAGCAAGAAACCCACCGGGCUGUUUUACCUGCUGGAUGAGGAGAGCAAUUUUCCUCGAGCCACAGAUAGCACUCUACUAGAGAAGUUCAAGCAGCAGCACCAGGACAAUCCGUUCUUUGUGCAAACCCCAGUGCGGGAACCAGCUUUUGUUAUCCAGCAUUUUGCUGGCAAGGUCAAAUACCAGAUAAAGGACUUCAGAGAGAAGAACACGGACCACAUGAGGCCGGAUAUUGUUGCGUUGCUUCGUAGUAGUGAGUGCAGUUACCUGCGGCAGCUGAUCGGGGCUAAUCCGGUGGCUGUGUUCAGGUGGGGCAUCCUUAGGGCCACCAUACGUACACUGGCUGUGUUUAACGAGGCUGGGCGAAGCUGGGCGGAAAAACAUCCAGAUCAGGUCAGGCGCUACUCCAGACGCUCUCUUGGGGAAAAGAGGAGACCCAGCACUGUGGUAGAGAGGCUAAAGAGCCAGGGGUCUUUGAUUGACUUUUCUUUUGAUCGGUCUGAAGAGAGUCCACUUGAAGCAUUUGAGGACAUUUUUACAACAUUUGAAAAUAAGAAGGAAUUGCAUGCCAAAGUCCUCCAAUCCCUUAAGCAGUUUGGUGGUGAAGUUCCUCAAAAGUUGCAUCUAUCCACAAUUUCUGUGAGGAAGUCUCGUCUCUUCACUCAGAAGAACAGGCCAAACAGACACAAGCAGCUAAUUCCUAAGAAUCUCAUAGAUUCACACUCUCUGAAAUUCAUUAUGAACCUGACGCAGCACAACCGGGCGACCAGGUCUCUGCUUCAUCUGCACACCAAGAAGAAACCUCCAAGCAUCAGCGCACAGUUCCAGGCAUCUCUAAGCAAGCUGUUGGAAACCCUGAGGAAAGCAGAACCGUUCUUUGUCCGCUGUAUCAGAUCAAAUGGUGAUAAGAGGGAAAUGCACUUUGAUGAUGCUCUAGUCCUUCAGCAGCUGAGGUACACAGGCAUGCUGCAGACGGUUCGGAUAAGGAGGUCUGGGUAUGGAGCCAAAUUCACCUUCAAGGAGUUUACAGAUCAGUUCAGAGUGCUGCUGCCAAAGGAAAUAUCAACACCUCAACAGGAUAUCACCAACCUGCUGACCAAAAUGGGAUUACCCAGAUCCAGUUUUCAGAUUGGCCGAACCAAGGUGUUCUUGAAAGAGUCAGAAAGACAAAUACUUCAAGAAGCCCUUCAUAAAGAAGUGAUGAGGCGCAUCAUCAUCCUGCAGAGAUGGUUCCGUGCCUGUUUGAUGAGGAAACAAUAUUUGCGUGAGAGGGAAGGAAUUAUAACCAUUCAGCGAUCGUGGCGUUAUUUGCGUGAGACAUACCGAUGCAGGGCAGCCAUUGUGAUCCAGACUGCCUGGCGAAUUUCCAAGGAGAGAGCUGAAUAUCUGAAGCAGCGAGAAAAACUCAAAGCACCGACAUCUCAGACAGAGCUGGGCCAUUUGAACAAGGCUGAGGAAAAGAAGCCAAGUCAGCCAAAGCCACAGCCUCCGCUGCCUUAUGAAUCCCGCACACCUGAACGAAAGAAGACAGAGGAACUGAGCCAGCAGUCAAACACAGAGACCAAGCCUAAAGUCACAGUACAGCCUACUAGAAUCAAAAAGCAACUCAGUAUCAGUGAGGACCGACCCGUUCAAGAUGAUAAAGGCAAGACUGGCAAUAAAGAAAAACAACCAUCUCCUGCAGGCCUUCCUCGGCCUGUGUCGCUUCCACUGAACAUGAGCCAAAGUGCUUCUGAUGAAACUCAAAAUGCUGUACACCUACAACGUCACAACAGGACAACAAGGUUGAAGGAGAAGCCUGAGAAAUGGAAGGAGAGGAGCAGUGAAGUAACACGUAUGGAGAACGUCAGUGCUGAGAUACUACGACUUCAGAGCCAGAGAAAAUCAGGUUUAUGGAAAUGUGGCAUUUCUCAGUCCCUGGAUAAUGUGUCCAGAAUGAGUUCUUCAGAGUCAGACAGCUCAGCCUCAUCAUCCAGAAAUGAGGUUAUGGUUCAAAACCGUAAGCGCUUCAGACAAAAACGUCGGCUAGCACGUCCCCGCAGCGGGCUGAAGUGGGAUCAUAUGGAUCUAAGCGAUACGGAGUACUGGAGUUUUCCCCUUCCUCCCAUAAGCCCCUCCACUCCCAACCAGUCCAGUGUCCGCAUGGAACUGGAGACUGUGAUCCAGUCACCUGUAGAAACGGAUGCGUGCAUUAGCAUCAAAAGGAGGACAAGUGAAGAAGUAAUUGCACCGUCCAGCACACCAGAAAGGCGGGGAUUCCUAAAAUAUUUUAAGAAGCGUCAGACACCCCAGGAUGGGAAUAUAACUAUGGCAAAGACAUUGGCAGAAAAAGAGGAGCUAGCCAGUGGCUCUCACUCUAAUUUUCCACAUGUCAAGAGCUCAGCCACUUUUCCUGGACCCCGUCGCAACCCCACCAUUAAAAUCAGCCGAGCUACUCGUGUCCAGGAGAAGUGGAAUGCUUCACUGGACAGAGAAAUCACUGACAGUAAUGAACUUCGCCAUUUGGACGAGUUCUUGGGAAAUCAGAUGAACGAUCUAAGCACCCGCACAAAGGAGCUCUCAGAAACGGAGAAAGUCUUCUUUUUAGCCACCACACAGUUCAGAGACACCAUCAAAAGCAUGUACUCCAUAUCAAAUCCCAAUAUUGGCUACAAGACCCUGAUGUCAGGUUACCAGACAAGGGUAUCCAGUCUUGCAGGGCUGAAGAAAGCAUCUGAGGUGCCGCUGGUGGUAAAUCUUUUUCAGUCAGUUCUGGAUGGAUUUAUCAGGGGAGAGCUCAAACGACUGGAGGCAGAGCCUUGUAAGGUUAAGGAGAGGAAUAGAAGAAAAUCUAAAAGAGAUACAUGUCCUGACAGCCAACUGGGUCACUUAUUUAGCACAUACCAGGUGACCAUUAUGCAAUCAUGUGACCAGUGCAGCUCAUUCAUAUGGGGAAUGGAAAAGGCCUUCAUGUGCAGCUCUUGUAAAAUGGUGUGUCAUAAGAAGUGUCUGAGCAAGAUAACCGUAAAUUGCACAGGUCACUGUGACAGGAAGAAAGAUGGUGAGCAGACCCUCCACUUUGGUGUACCUGUCUGUGCCCUGGUCCGCACAGCUGACUCUGUACCAUUCGUCAUGGAGAAGAUGCUGGUUCAUGUUGAAAUGAACGGACUGUACACAGAGGGCAUCUACCGCAAAUCUGGCUCAGUCUGCCGAGCCAAAGAGCUUCAUCACUUAUUAGAGAAAAGUCCGCAGGCUGUCAGUUUUGACAAUUACCCCAUCCACACAAUCACUGGCCUGGUCAAACAGUGGUUACGGGAGCUACCCGACCCACUUAUGACAUACAGCCUCUACAAUGACUUCCUGUAUGCUGCGGAUCUGCCAGAAGAAUCUGAGCGGUUGCGUGCUGUCUACCGAAGGUUGGAUGAACUACCUCCCCCAAACUUCUCUACUCUCGAAAGGCUUAUUUUUCAUCUUGUGAAAGUGGCAAAAGAGGAAGCUCACAAUCGAAUGUCCGUUAACGCUCUGGCUAUCGUGUUUGCACCCUGCAUUUUACGCUGCCCAGAUUCUUCUGACCCACUUCUCAGUAUGAAAGAUAUAAACAAGACCACUCUUUGUGUGGAGAUUCUGAUUAAUGAGCAAACAAGGCGUUAUAAUCAGAAAAUGGAAGAAAUUCAGCAGUUGGAAAAUGCAGAAGCUAUGGCCGUUAAACAGCUCAAGCUCAGAAGGCAGAACACGAUAUUUGAGAGGCCAAAAUUAGGUUCUGACGUCUCCUCAGUGGACGGAGCCAACCUUGAAAUCGAAAAGAACCUGCUUGAGAGAAUCAAGUCCAUUAAGAAGGAAAAGAACGAUUUGGCCUUCAGACUGCCUGAGUUUGACCAGGAUAGCUCUGAUGCUGAGAACAUGGACUCAGAAUCAUUAGUCAGCUCUGAUAGUCUACUAGAAGACCAUUGUGUGAGUUUGGACUCGGAAGGAAACACUGCCUUGAACAGCUCUAAGCCAGAAAAACCUGCUAAACCACAUGAUCCCGAAACAGGGAUCAAAGAGCCUGCUGAGGAACGGAACCAAAACCGCUCCGCCUCACGCCGAGAAGGAGUCCAGUCCAUGUGUGUCAUCCAGAGCCAAGACGGUGCAGAAUCCCUCGGCGCCUCCGUUUCUGCAGGCCAUCAGGGCAAGAGAAGAUUUUCAGACCUUGACAUACCUUUUAUAGAUGAGGAUGUUUGACAUUGUUACACCAAAAAGAGCAUAUUCUAAAAUCUAUGCAAAUGUUUGUCUUUCCUGCAACGGUUCAAGCAACAGUCGGUGUCCCAUUUCUGACAUAUCUAUCAGCACUCACUUUGUUUUGAGGAAUAAAUCAAAUGCCAGGUUCAUGCAAGUGAUCUUAUAGCAUGUUGUGUUGUGUUUCUAGAAUACAUUUGUAAAACACAAGUGUUUUUUUCAAUCUUAAAA